CUAACAUUGAUUUGCUUUUUCAACGAAAUUACUGGGAACUUAUCGAUGAAACCGUCUUUUGCUAAUUAAAUAGACGGACUGCUUGAAUGGGCGGCUGUAAGGUAUGAUGUAUGUUCUCUGCUGCAGUGUUCAAAUGUACACUUUCUAAUUAUCUCCUGUUCAUUGUCGUCUAGGAUCGAUUCAGGCUUGUUAAUGGCUUAUCGGCUGUCGCCACAGAAGUAAACUGCAUUUGAUAGAUUUGUUAUCAUUUUCGUCAUCGCAAAAGUUACGGACAUUAAGUAAUGCCAGCAUAUCAGGGAUCCAUCAAGAGUCGACGCUAACCUUACCCAGAGCUCAAGUUUCUUUACGCCGGUGUACUCUAGACGUUGUAGGUGCAUACACUAAGGCGGGAAAUACUUAACCGAGGACAGUUGGUGGUGUUCAACGCAACCUGUUCAUCUGGAUAAAACCUUUUCCUCUAUGCACGAGGACUGGACCCUCUGCAGGUUGUUAAAUGGACGUAAACCUUCGCCUCCACGAGGAAAGUAGGAGAAAGUUGGUAUCUGAGCUUUGAGUUAUAUAUGAAGAUCUGGGUACCAGCCUAGUCUCUACAACGCAGUCAUGCCUAUGCAUGCCGUCACCUCCACGUUGAUGUACCGGGGAAUUUGCACUAUUCCUGAUAUUUUGAACUACGGCGGACCAGUGAACCUGCCAGAAGAUGAGGUCGAGGAGAUCCGAGAGGCCUUCAAGGUGUUCGAUCGUGACGGGAAUGGCUUCAUCUCCAAGCAGGAGCUGGGCAUGGCCAUGCGCUCUCUGGGCUACAUGCCCAACGAGGUGGAACUGGAGGUCAUUAUCCAGAGACUCGACAUGGACGGGGACGGCCAGGUAGACUUUGAAGAAUUCGUCACCCUCCUUGGUCCCAAGCUGACAGCGGCUGGGAUGCCAGACAAGUUUAAUGGGACAGACUUCGACUCUGUCUUCUGGAAGUGCGACAUGCAGAAGCUCACGGUCGAAGAGCUGAAGAGACUUCUGUACGAUACCUUCUGUGAUCACCUGUCCAUGAAAGACAUCGAGAACAUCAUCAUGACCGAGGAGAGUCACAUCGAGAACCCAGAGGACUGCCAGGUGGAUAUAGACACUGAGAGUCCCACGCAGCAGGUCAAGCAGACAUGCGUGAGGAAGAGCCUGAUCUGUGCGUUUGCCAUCGCUUUUAUCAUCAGCGUCAUGCUCAUCGCAGCCAAUCAGGUCCUGCGCAGUGGCAUGAAGUAAAAACAAUGGACCAAUGGGAGUGAUCCGUCGCGCUUUGACGAUAUCACACCUACCUGACUGAAAGAAACAGCAAAAAAAGUAAUAAAAAAAACAACGACUAAAGACAAAUAAUGCGAUAAAAUGAGGAAAAAAAACAACAAUGUUGUGCACCCUAGGUCACAGUGGAUGGAAUUGGAGGAGUGCUUCAGACCCCUAACUCCUCUUCUCUGCUUUCUUUGGACUGGAGAAGGCAGAGGAUGCAUGGGACCCCAACAGGAGAUCCUCCCACUCAGUGCAUGAAGUGCAUGGAUGUGCCGUCAUUUUAAAGCAUUUUGUAGACAUAAAAGCUUAAGCAGAAUACCCAAACGGUACCCUGGAGGGCUUGCAACAUGGCAGGUUUUGGACCUUGUUUUCAGCAGCAAUUCUUAGUAAGUAACACACUGGGCAUCUAGGCAUAAAACCUUUCCAGUAGUCAUUUUAUUUUGGAAAACAAAGUUCACACACACAAGCCCUCUGUGGUAAUGUUUGUGUCAUUUUUGCCAGCGUUUCCCAACAAAGAUGUUGAAAUUAUGUAAACUAACUAUGAAAAACUGUGACCAAUUCAAUGUGGGUCGGCGGGUAUUCUCACAAAGAGGCAAUUAGCUUAGCACCUGUGUUGCAACUUUAAAAAAAAAGAGAACUGAGAUAUGUAUGAUGUAGUAGAUAUCAAACCACCUGCAUGAACAAAAAGGGCUGUUUAGGACAUGCUCAUGUUGUGUAGUUAUUUGUAGUGACGUAAUGAGGUACUGUGGACUUCCUGUUGCACUGAGCACCCCCAUGACAUCUCACUGCCAAAGGAGCGAUUCCAAACCACUGAGAAGAAUGAUUGUCAUCAUCAGAACGGUAGAACAGUCAGCAGACACUUAGCAACAUGCUCAGACAAGUACAGUGAGGACGUAAUGGAAGGACAGAAUAAUUACAUCUAGGACAGACUAUGCACAUGCGGAGCACUCAAAUGGGUCUGAAUUUCUAAUAAUUGUAAAAGUUAGUCUAAAUGCAUGCACAAUGAAUAAUAAUUUGCAUUUAUUGGCCCCACGCCAAAUAUCCAUUACCACGCAUCGGGCAGAGGCCAUUUCAGAGAAUCCCAGGAUAGGUUCUCCAUAAAUGUUAUGCCUUAUCAUCGGCUGAAUGUGAGGGUUGUUUUAGGGGGCUCGUUAACAUGAGGCGGGGUGGCUUAUUCCCCUUAAUUUGAAAUAUAUUCAGCACAUUAUCGGAGAUAUUUGAAUAAUUCAUCUGAUUUGGAUAUUUUUUCGUCACAGCCGAGCAAAGGCGACUGUGUGUGAGUCUCCAGGUUCAGGUCUCAUCAGCUCGUUAAACAUCUGCCCGUUUUAUAUGACAGAAAUGUAUGCGUGGAGGACGAGAUCAUACCUUAAUCCCGCCUCCGGCUCGUCUCGGUUCAGUUCAUUGUUUACACUCUGCCACAUCAAGACACUGCUAAAUCCUUUUGCACAUUGAUCUAAAUGUCUCCAGGGUCUCAUAUAUGAUAUGCAUCACGAUAUCAGAGCAAAUUACCGAAACAUCUGAUGCGAUCUGACGCGAUCUGACAGGGGAUCUCUGGGUGUGCAGGUGGGGGCAUCGCCCAACAUUACCAUGUGCUGAAAUAGCCUACUUCAGAUGUGUAGAGGAUAAAGGCAUAUUCCUGUCGAUGUGUUCCAAUCUCAACCAAAGCUUCAACAAAAUCCGAAGACAAUAAGAAAAGUACUUGUUUACUGUGCACUCGUCAAAAUGAGUCUGAGUGCUGGUAUAUUACUUUAUUGACGAAGUUCUACUGCAGCUGUAUCAACAUUGAUUUCUGCCUAAGAACUCCCAUUGUUUGGCAGUCUUUUGACUGCUCUGAAGCAAUAUGGUAUACAGAAGUGGUGGAGUUGUGAUUUUUUCCAGUAAGCGUAUAAAUAAUUGUGUGAAAACUUGAACAGUGUUAUAAUAUAACUGUUUCAAAUAGUGUUGUUGAAAGAUCCAUGCAUUUGCACAUAAACAAUUAGAAAAAAUAGGAAUGUUUAUUUUAUUAUUGCACUUUAAAACCUCAUAGCACACCAAACAUUACUCAUUGUGCCAUUAUCAUGUAUAUCUUAAAUGAAUUUUAAAUAUCUAAAUAUGAAAUAAGACAAAUAUGAACUUUAUUUUUACUAUUUAUUUAUUUCUAUGAUACCCUAUUAGAUAAUUUAUGGCAAUACAGUCUUUGUUUAAAAAACAAAAUCAAAGGCAUGUUGUUCUUUGACAUAAUGUUUUGCCUUAUACAUUUUGCUUUUUAUCAAUUCUCUAAUCAGUGUUUACAACAAAAGCAUUUCAAGAACUUUGAUCCAGUCAAACAUUCACUGUUUAAUUUACUCUUUGCGAGUGACAUAACAUUGUAAUCAAUGAACUUGUUCAGGGUUCAAGUCUCUGACGGAGGAAAAGGAGUCACAUUUUUUGUCUCACCCUGUAAACGUUUCUUGAGUGCACAAAAUUGUGUGUCUUUCUGUGGUAUGGU